AUAUGGAGCAAAUCCCAGAAAGCAUGCACUCCACUCCACUCCAGCCAUUUCUAAAAUUAAUCCUCUAAAUUUACAUUUUAAGUUUUCCUAGAAAAAGAGAAUAGAAGCUUUCUUGGCAUUUAAGAAAUACAAUCUAACCAUUUACCCAUCAUUUAAGGGCAAGAUAUUAUUAGCUCUCUCUUUUGUAAAUCUUGAACCAUGAUUUUUUUUGACCACCCAUCCUACCUAUAAGGUCAAAAGUAACAUUUCAAGUAUUUCACAUUUUAGUUACGCUUGAGGUAAAGUGCUGUGCAUCCAGUUUUUCUUCAGUUCCAAAUUCUAUAGUUAGAUGUCAAAUAGAGAGAAAACACAAAUGAUAGUUCCAAUGUGUUACUGUAGUCCUGAAUCCUCCCUUACACACACACACACACACACACACACACACACACACACACACUUUUAAUUAUGCAUGCCAAGAACAGUGGUUUACGUCUUUCUUCAGGAACUCAAGAACAACUUUUGUCCCAUGCUUUAAACACAAAAUGACACAAAAACAAUUAUAUUAAUACAAAAUGCACUUUUAGGUAAACCAUGGUAAAUUUACAAAAGACUAGUUAGCUAAAAUUCUCCCGGGGUAGAGGGUGGGGGGGCUGAGACAGUACACAUUUAGUAUUUUCUAAAUCACAAUGAUGUGACAAUGGAAUCUUUCUCAGCUCUUGAUGCUCUUACCAAGUGGAAGUCAGGAGGCCAGACAAUUAACAGUCACCAAAGCUACCUUAUGCCAGUGUCUUCCAAGUUUGUUGUCUCACGUCUUAAAAGAACAAGGAACCAUGGGUAGAAAUGUGCAGAGCAAAUGUAGAUUUAUUAAGAAAAGAUGAGCUAUGACUCCUGAGAUGGAAGUGUUUCCAAGGCUGCAGUAUCAUAGUAUAUAUGAUAUCCCUCCCAGUGGUCUUUUAAGACUCUCAUGUGGGAAUUAGAUGAAAACUGGGGUAAUUUUUUUUAUUGAAGUUGGCAAUUUUUGAGUUCAAUGUGGGCAGAAUCAGUAAAUGGCCUACACUCCCCUUUGCAUGUGCUCUUGGCUAAUCAGAGAAGUGAUCCUGCAUUACUUUUACAGCCAGGGGAGUGGCCACUCAUCACGGUCAUCUUCAUCCACUCGCUCUGCCAACUGUUACUCAUGCUGUAGACUAUUCAACUGAGUCACUUCCUAUGUGAUUAGCUCAUGAUUUACCAUGGGACCUGCCCUUACUUCCUGGGGAGAGCUACUGUCCAUCUCAACAACAGAGAUACACUUAACAUCUUUGUUUCUCUGUGUCCUAAGUUGGUUGACAGAACCCCAGUGGCUCAAAAGAACCUCGUAAGACCAACACACUUAACCUUCCCUAUCAUAUGACAGAUGCCUAGUUCAAAGGAAGUUCCAAAUAGAUAAAAUUUGCCAUACAAAUGGCAUAAUAGUCCACACGGCGCAGUAAAACACCAGUUGUUUAGGAGAACCUCCUGGCCAAAUGGAAUGCAGCCAAGGUAUGCUAAUCUGAGAGAACCUAUCAAGGAUUAGUAUUUCUUGAGAGUUGAGACCAGAGUCCAGAGUUUUAUUUCCUGCUUACAAAAUGAGGCAUAGAGAGAAAGUUUCCUGCAGUGAAAAGAUUCUUGCGUUGUGAUCCUGGCUCUAUGCUCACUGUCUGUCUGACUGGUAUUCAAUUGAAAACUUUCUUUGCGGGGGCAGGGGGCAGGUAUCCUUUUUUUCUCUUUGUGGAAUUCUGGGCUACACCACACCUAAAAGGCCAUCAUCCUCCCAAGAUCUCCCUAGCCCCAGAAAUAAUAUCAAAUGUUAGUAUUUCCCACGAGUUGUUCCCUUUUCCAGCCUAUGAUCAACUCAUGACCCCCUCUGUCCAUUCAGUGACUCCAUAAUCCAGACAGCGCCUUCUUUAUUCAUUUCUUCCUCCCAUAAAAGCCUUUUUCCCUCCAUGUUCUGGCUUAAGUGUUCUUCCUAGGGCCCCUACUGUGUAUAAAAAUGUAGUGUUUACACCUUUCAUAACAACAAUUCAAAUAAUCACCUACACGUUUCCUCCCUAUGGGUCCAGCAUCAAAUCCAAAUGCGAGCCUUGCUCAAAAGGAAGGGUGUUCCCAGUAUCUCCCUGCACAAAGCCUUCAUUCCCUGUGUUUUUUUAGUUCCAGUCCAAGAUAUACAGAUGUAACCCUGGAGAUGAGACCCGAAGAAAGCUGGAGCCAUGUUGACCUUGUACGCUGUGAAGAAGCAGAUUCUGUCUCAGAAAAGCAUGCCAUCAACGUCGAUGAGGAAGAUGGCGGACUGCAAGUCUGUCGUGUAUGUGGGGACAAGGCCAAUGGCUAUCACUUCAACGUCAUGACGUGUGAAGGAUGCAAGGGAUUUUUCAGAAGGGCCAUGAAACGCAAUGUCCGGCUGAGGUGCCCCUUCCGCAAGGGGACCUGCGAGAUCAACCGGAAGACACGGCGGCAGUGCCAAGCCUGCCGUUUGCGCAAGUGCCUAGAGAGUGGCAUGAAGAAGGAGAUGAUCAUGUCUGAUGCCGCUGUGGAGCAGAGGCGGGCCUUGAUCAAGAGGAAGAAGAGGGAAAAGAUCGAGGCUCCGCUGUCUGGAGGGCAGGGGCUGACCGAAGAACAGCAGGCGCUGAUCCAGGAGCUGAUGGAUGCCCAGUUGAAAACCUUUGACACCACUUUCUCCCACUUCAAGGAUUUCCGGCUGCCUGCGGUGUUUAACGGUGGCUGUGAGCUCCCAGACUAUCUGCAGACCUCACUGUUGGAAGACCCUGCCGUGUGGAGUCAAAUCAUGCAAGAUUCAGUUCCAAUGAAGAUUUCUCUGAAGCUUCGGGGAGAAGAUGGCAGCAUCUGGAACUACCAACCCCCAUCCAAGAGUGACGGGAAAGAGAUCAUUCCUCUGCUGCCGCACCUGGCUGAUUUGUCAACCUACAUGUUCAAGGGUGUCAUCAACUUCGCCAAAGUCAUCUCCUACUUCAGGGACCUGCCUAUUGAGGACCAGAUUUCCCUGCUGAAGGGAGCCACUUUUGAGAUGUGCCUACUGAGGUUCAACACGAUGUUCGACACAGAAACUGGAACCUGGGAGUGCGGUCGGCUGGCCUACUGCUUCGAAGACCCUGAUGGUGGCUUCCAGAAACUUCUGUUGGAUCCGGUGAUAAAAUUCCACUACAUGCUGAAGAAGCUGCAGCUGCAUAAGGAGGAGUAUGUGCUGAUGCAAGCCAUCUCCCUCUUCUCCCCAGACCGUCCUGGCGUGGUACAGCGCAGUGUGGUGGAUCAGCUGCAGGAGCGAUUUGCCCUCACCCUGAAGGCCUACAUUGAGUACAGUCGGCCAUCUCCUGCCCACAGGUUCCUGUUCCUGAAGAUUAUGGCUGUCCUCACGGAGCUGCGCAGUAUCAAUGCCCAGCAGACCCAGCAGCUGCUUCGUAUCCAAGACUCACAUCCCUUCGCCACUCCCCUCAUGCAGGAGUUAUUUAGCAGCACAGAUGGCUGAGUGGCUGCCUCUGGGUGGAGAUCUCACGGGCCAGCCAGAUCCAGACAUUCGGUAUUGUCACUUCUAGGGCUAGGCAGACGGACACACUGAUAUGAGCGCCAACAACGUCCUAUGACUGCAGCUGACUAGCAUUCAUUCCUCAGGCAAAGGACAUGGAGCCCCAGGGUCAGCCUGUGGCAAGUCCUGGCCUAUAGGUUAGCCCCAUCCUAGUGGUUGGGAAUAAACCCCCAAAUCCCACUAAAUUCUAAAGUGUUGGGUGGGAAAGGAGGGACCAGGUCAAGCUAUGUAAGGGGGUACACGCCCCACACAUUCCCAACCCCAAGCCUUCUCUUGAGUGUUUGUGUGUUCCAGACUUGAGCUCCCUAUCGGGUUCAUUAAUGUCACUGCUGAAUGCCAGAAGCUUGCCAGGACCUUGUCCUGGACACAUCACUCAGGUUCCCGCACCUGACCAAACACAAGUGAAUCACCAACAACGUGACCUGCUCUGGAUGAUACAAUACAGCCUGGACUCAGAUGUGGAUCCUAA